AUCAGUUGAGAUUGAAGAUCGUGUCUCGCAACAUCACAUUAUAGUGAGUUAAGAUCAUCAUAGGAAGUAUUUGUAGGAAGUUUUUUUUUCAUUUGAAUUGUGAAGUGAAUGAUUUAAUAAAAAAAGAAAACAUUUUUCUUGGAGUAAUAUAGUGAUCAUAAGUGCUACCUUUGUGUCAUCUGUGUGGAUUAAUUUUGUGGAUUACGCCCAAAAUGUGGAUUUCCAGAAUUCUUAUUCUGAUCGCAGUCUCAGUCGCAGCUACCACUGAUGUACAAGACGAAGAGGCUGCAGAGAGUCAGCGCCAAGCGAGAUAUGCAAAGAACGAUCGUCCACUCUUGCUAAUUAGACCUGUUCAAACGCCACCCAAAGCUCACUCGUCUGCAGGAUCAUCUUUAGCAUCAACCUUGUCAUCGUUGUUGCCAAAAUUUAAUUUUGGCUGGGACUUCCUAGGUGGAGAUGACAAACGACCUAGUCCACCUACAAAGGUCACCUACAAAAUUAUCCCUCCGCCAAGUACACCACAUGUACACAAUAUCCCUCCACUAAGCUUUAAGAAGGAACCAACAGAACCAAUUCUUUCGAAAGCAGUUCCCCUGUCUCAGCUCCAUACAACCUUUAAGGCUGAUUUUGAUGCGAUGCAGAAGAAAAAGAAAUAUCCAGCCUACAAUCCCAAACCAACUGCUGAUUUUUUAGCACUCCCCCUAAAACGUGCUGAACCUGAACCUAUAAUUCUUUCACCAAGGAAUGUUCACACUGAAGCACCUCCUCAUGUUCACCUAUCGGACAUCAUUGUGGGAAAGCCAAGCAGCGAUGGUGUUAACAUUCCUCCACAUGUAGAAGCCACCCUCAUUGAGAACAAUCAAGGAAUUUAUCAUGAUCUUACGGGAGAGAUAAAGUUUGGGGAUAAGAAAAAGGAUUCUUCCUCUUGGGAAUGGAAUCAAGAACAUUUGCAAGAAAAACUCGAAGGAAAACCUCUAUCAGAACCGUAUGAAUUUGAUUUUGGUGGACAAGAUAUUCUAAUUGACUCAAAACCAAUUAGCUUGAGUCCAGAACUUCUGCCAAAGGAUCAUUUUAAAUUUAAUCAAGACGUUGAACACGAUCCAGACUUUUAUUUGGCAUCGGAAGAUGUAAUUAACAUUGUCAGCCCUCCAAGUCGUAGCAAGAAUAGCCUGAAGCACGAUAAGGUGAGCUUUGCUCCAGCUGAUGCCAUUAAUAUUGUUCAACCUCCAACAAAGAAAAGUCGGAAGGAUCAGCGAAGGAAGCAAAAUUUAAAAAUUGAAUCAGAAAUUCAGACAAAGAAUCAGGUGCAUUUUAAGGAGCAACCUGUAUUUAUUUCAUCAACUCCUUUACCUCGAGAAUUUCAUCAAGAGGAUAUCGAUUUCAUAAAGUACCAUCAUCAUCUUCCGAUUCCUGAAGCACUUAGGGCUAACAUAGGAAAUACGUAUGAAGUGAUUGAAGACACUCGUGAAGAUCAUAAAAAUCCCUUCUUAUCAAAUUAUCAUAAACAUGUUAAGAAUAUUGGGGAAAUUGAAAAGUACAUGGAAGAUGCAAAGAAAAUGUACUUAUCUUCAAAUAGAAAUGCAAAAGAAGCUCUAAAGUACACAAUUGCCAUUUUUCCAACAACUCCCAAGCCUCUCCUGAAGGAUUUCCACAGAGAUGUUCAAAAGGAAGAGGAAAUUGAGAUAAUAACUGAAGGUUUUCCACCAAAAGACUUUGAAUUGGCUGUGGGAAAAAAUUAUCACACCUACCAUCAUUCGGAGAAGAAGCCAAGGGUGUAUCAGGAUCGGGAAGAAAGGUAUUUCAGUGGGACUGAUAAGGAGGAAAAAAAUAAAAUCAACCUCGAUGAUAUCUAUGAAACAGAUGAAUACUUCCUGCCCAAGAGAGAGCCAGUGUAUAAUAAAUUCUACUCAACUCCCACAACUUCUUUUCCACCAACAAGUCAAACAUUCCACUUUCGUCCAUCGGCGAGUAUUAGUUUUGGGGAAGAAGAUGGUCGAAUAGGACAUUUUGAAAGUUUAGAAAAUAAGAAAGCUCCUAAAGCUUCCUAUAAGCAGGAUCAAGAGCUAAAUAAAUGGCCUCCAAAGCCAACAUCUAGCAAUGACGGAAUUUCUGGAUAUACUAAAUUAUUCACUCAUGAACAUGAGGAAGAAAAGAAGCCAUCUUUGUCGUAUUUGCCAGAAUUUACAAAGCUCAAUAUUCAGGCAAAGAACGCAACACAACACUUCUCAUUGAAUAAACAUCAGCAGGAAAGCACAACAGAAACUAUUGAUACUGUCCAUAAUUCGAAUUAUAACUUCUUCCCCGGUAGCAAUAAUUAUGUUCCUCCAAUUGAACAUUUCCCAGUGAAGUAUGACACAAAGGAUCACUCAAAGUUUACUUUUGAAACAAAGGAUCACUCCAAGUUCAAUUUAGACACAAAGGAUCUCUCAAAGUUUAAUUUAGAUACAAAGGAUCAUUCAAAGUUUAAUUUAGACACAAAGGAUCUCUCAAAGUUUAAUUUUGAAACAAAGGAUCAUCAAUCUUAUGCACAGCAAUCCGAUGAUGAUCAUUUCUUCCUUAAUCAUAAAUAUCAACCUGAUGAAGAACAGAAUAUUAUUCCACUAACAGAAAACUACCCCAAAGAAGAGUAUAAGCCAAUUAAUGAGGAAGAGGAAGAGUUCUUGCCUUCGAGCACACCAGCUGUGCCAAAGUUUACAGCAUCUCAUCAGGAAUUUAAGGAAGGACUCAAAAAUCGCAGUCCCAAACCCACAUUCUUCAUCAAGAUUACCACAACAUCUCCCCCGUUCUACAGAAGACCUAACCCAACGAGUAUUUCCUGCGAGAGGCGAUGCAUCCAAACCACAGUGACCCAAGAGUACCUGCCAGUGUGUGGGAGUGACGGAAGGACAUAUUCUAAUCGGGGGAAGCUUACUUGUGCCAAUAACUGUGGAAAGGAAGACAUCACCGUGAGUCACAUUGGAAGCUGCACGCCAUCAAAAUAACUCAUCGCUAGUCCCUAGAAUAUCUCAAAAUCUAUCACCUCAAUUCACAAUUGUCCUAUUUAUAUGUAUUUAUUUGUCCUAAAAUGUAUGAAAAUGAAUUAAAAGUAAAUUGAAAUAAAAGCGCGCAAAAUGCGCGAAUGGAGGCUAUAAA